AUGUACGAAGCUUAUAAUAUGAUACUCGGACGACCACUGUCYUCGUCUAAUGGAGAUCCAAAAGAUCCAAAUUCAUUACAUUACCUUAGUAACAGACCCAAUCAAUAUGAACAAGCACUUUUAGCUGUGGGCGAUAUUAUUCAAGACUAUGAUAGUGAUAAAGUGUUUCCAGCUUUAGGUUUUGGUGCCCGAAUUCCACCACAUGGCGAAGUUUCCCAUGAGUUUUUCUUGAAUUUGCAAGCCAGUGAUCCAUAUUGCGCUGGAAUUGAAGGUGUGAUCAAUGCAUAUCACCAUUGCAUUAGGAGUGUUCAAUUAUUUGGUCCAACAAACUUUAGUCCAGUAAUUAACCAUGUUGCAAAGUUUGCGCAAGCAUACCAAGAUGGAACACAGUAUUUUAUUCUACUAAUCAUUACUGAUGGUGUGAUAACAGAUAUGUUCCACACUAAACAGGCCAUAAUCAAAGCGUCCACAUUGCCGCUGUCCAUUAUCAUUGUAGGAGUGGGAAAUGCUGAUUUUCAAUCGAUGGAAGAAUUGGAUGGUGAUACAGUUAAACUAGAAGUCAAUGGAGUCCGUGCGGCCAGAGAUAUAGUGCAGUUUGURCCAUUUAAAAACUUUCAACAAAUUGAAAAUCCGAUGAAUGCCAAAUCAUACCUAGCUCGUGAAGUUUUAGCAGAAAUACCAGCACAACUUGUUGGCUACAUGAAAAGUCGUAAUAUUGUUCCUGAAAAUUUACAUUAAUACUACUUAAAGUGUGCUGAAAAUAAUUUGAAAACCAAUYACAUUUUUUCAAUUUUUGCAUUUUAUAAUUUAUUAUGUAACAAUACUAAUUUUUAUGUGCUUUCAUUGAACUCUUGAGACUGCCAUAUAAAUUUAUUAUUUUUUAUUAUUAUUGCAUUUAUACUCUUCACAUGUAAACCAUUUCUUUUAAAU